CGCUCUGUGCACUCACUGGCUGCUCAGCCUCUGAUGUGUGAGGAGCCCGUUCACAGGUCGGACUGCCGGGACCGAUCACCGGUCUGUAGGCGGCUGGAGAGCUCAGAGUGCGGACACGCAGCUGCACAGAGCCCGGGAGAAGUCAGAGGAGAAUGUGCGCUCGGAUCUAAGAGAUGGAAUGCAUUGAAAGGACUCAGACACUCUGAAAGUUUGCAUUUCAGACAUGGAGACACAAACGACAAGACAAUUACUCACAACAAAGUCAGCCCUCAUUCUCUCCUGAGGUUUGAGUGCAGCAGAGGAUGACACCUGCACCCCUCCUGGCAAGGACCGACGCGUUGUUCCACACUUCAACAUCUUUGAAGAAGAGUAGCUCAAAGCUUUUGCAAGAGUGACUUUCUGCCUCUAGUUCUGCAGACAGAUCAGUAUCCUGCUCGCUGCCAUCUCUAGUUAUCGGCUGUGGCUGCAGAAACAGCGCAUUUGUUUUGCGCUCCUUUAGAUCUUUGCUACAUCGCGGACUGCGGCAAAAAGAAUCAUCUCGUAUCCGGACAUCUCGUACACACAGGUGUCUGCAGCCACAGUCAUUUAAACUGUGUUCAGCUCACAUUUAAAUGUCUGCACUCAUCUCUUCAUGCUGCUUCCCUGUUGAGAGUUCUCAUCUGCUGGAUAAAAAGAAAUAAAAGAGAGCUUUGCUUCAAACGCGUCUCUUAUAGGCUACACAACAGCAGUAAGGCAGUAUAUCUGUAGAGCACUGACUCACCAUGGGCACUGUACUAUCACUGUCACCCGGCUCUCGGAAAUCAGGCUACUAUGACGACCGGCCGGGCUCGCUCAGCCACUACCCGAGCAUCAGCAGCCGCUCUCUCAACAGCCAGAAAGACCGCGGGCUGAAGAGGGGACAGUCUAUCUUCCUCCCGGCACUCACCUGGAAGCGACUGGUGGCUUCAACGAAGAAGAAGGGCAACUCCAAGAAAGGCUCCGGUGGUCAAGUGGCUCUCGGAGACCCUCUCAACAACAACAACAACAUCAACAUCUACCAAAAGGACCCCCUGUUGCACCUCAAUCGUGAGAAUGUGAAGAAGUCGCUGUCAUGUGCCAACCUGUCCAGCUACGAGGGCCCAGCAGGACUGGGUCUGGGGCUUGGCUACGGCCUGGGGAUGGGCCAGGGGCACGGAUUUGGCUACAGCAAGUCCCAACAGCUCUCCUCUGUGAAAAAAGUUCCCCAAGGGACAGUGACUUCGUCCCCAAAGCGCGUCAUCGUCCAGGCGUCCACCAGCGAGCUCCUGCGCUGCCUGGGGGAGUUCCUGUGCUGUCGCUGCUACCGCCUGAAGCAUCUGUCUCCGGCCGACCCGGUGCUGUGGCUGCGGGCUGUGGACCGCUCACUCCUGCUGCAGGGCUGGCAGGACCAGGCCUUCGUCACGCCGGCAAACGUGGUCUUCGUCUACAUGCUGUGCCGAGACGUCGUGGACGGCGACCUUGUGGCGUCAGAGCACGAGCUGCAGGCCAUCCUGCUCACCUGCCUCUACCUGUCCUACUCCUACAUGGGCAACGAGAUCUCGUACCCGCUCAAGCCCUUCCUGGUUGAGGUGGGUAAGGAGGCCUUCUGGGACCGUUGCCUUGCCAUCAUCGAUGUCACCAGCUCCAAGAUGCUGCGCAUCAACGCAGACCCGCACUUUUUCACACAAGUAUUUGCUGAACUUAAGAGUGAAGGUGGCUGCAGCCCGCAGGACUACAGUCGGGUGCUGGAUCGAUGAGAGGAAGUUUGCUGACCGCAUGCCUUUUCAUACAUUCAUGCACAUGUAUACUUGCACACAGACACACACAUUUGUCUCGUACAGAUUCCUCUCCCCUUUCCGUCCUCUGCUGCCUUGCAGGAGCAAUGAAGGACUAUCUUGACAGAGUUAUGUCGACAUAUUUAAUGAUUCCAUCGGUGUUUGUUGCCAUUGUCCCAUCCAUCCACAGAUAUAAAUAUGGAAUUAACCGCCCCCACCACCACCCAAAAUAAUUGGCUAACAAAGGCUCACAGUUGUGUUUUUGUCCUGGAAUAUCCACUUUUUUUAACUUGAAUUGAGGAACCGUUUGGUCCACCUGUCACAUCUGACCCCAUGUGUCUGGUCCCAGUCGUCCCAGCUGCCACUCUGGAUCCGCACAGCCAGGCCUCCCAGCAUCCUCACCCACCUCUCUGAAUGUGAUCAAUCAGUGUGCACGGGACAAGAAGAUGCCAUCAUCACUCCACAAAAUACCACCAAGGAUUUUUCACUGGUUAUAUUCUAAACGUGGAGUGGCUUCACAGAAGAAUAAAACAGACAGUAUAAUCCACCGAGGCCAAGUUAUAUUUUCCAUGACAACACAUGGAGACAUGUUGACAUCCGCUGCUGUGUGCCAGCAGUGCAAACUGACUCAGACUGAUGGGAACAGCUGAGAGGUCCAUGUUAGGUCCUGCUGUGCGCUGUGAAAUCAGUAAAGCAAAACGACCAGGCAGUGUUUUGUGGAGCCUUUUGAGGGUCUUCGGGCCUGAGGGGACAGUUGCUGUGUUUUUUUUUUUACUCACUCGAACCUGCCUCUGUGUUUCUAUUUUAUCUCAUCUCAGGAGAGUGUACUGGUGGAAGCAGAAUUUAAGAUUGACGUGUGAGUGAAUGCAUGGCCAUGUGUGUGUCUGUAGGCAUUGUGCAGUGCACAGCAGCCAGGGUCAUCAGCUGUUUACUCCAUCCUUUUGUUCCCUGCAUCUUGUUGACAGGGCACCCACAGGCCGUGGUAUUAAUGAGAUUAGCAGAUUACUGCAGCCACUCCCCUCUCUCAACCUCUGCCCCCAUUGUCCACUCGGCAGCCCUGCAGAGCUUCAGUGGCUAAUCCAGGCCAAACUGGACCGUGCUGGACUGUAAACACACACGCAAAUGUACACACACAUUUAAAUACCCUGUCGCAUGCACUUUAUUCCCCUCGGUGCAUGAAAGAAACGCUGUGUGACACACGUGUGCAGCUCAGAGUCCAAGGCCAAGGCAGUGAAGCUCUCUGCUGUUGUGGUUGAAGGGUUUUGUUGUUGUUGCUUCUGAGUUUGUCCCACUUUCUCAUCACUCACCUGCGCAUCCUCAUCUGCCAUAAAGAGGCUUGUUUUCUCUCUACUCUCGUCUCUUGCUAGAUUAUUCCCUUGAAUGAACCAUAGGCAUUUGUGCUUCAAUGCCUUCAGUCUCUAUUUCCCAUGUGUUUUAAUGUGUGUUGCAAGAGACGGUCACAGAUGAGCCCAAGGUUCAUCAUUACUGUUACGCUGGGAAAUAUAUGUUUUUUUUUUAAGCAGAUCAGAUUAAAUAUAUUUUCAUGGAUUUUACGUCCCUAGACGUCCAAAAGUAGUUUAAAUUCCUGCUGCAAGAGGUCACCGAAGUUUACAGUUCAUGUUUGAGGCUGAUAGCUCCAAAAAAAAUGGAUAGAAAAUUGGGGGACUGCAUAAAUUAGCUGCUAAUUACGCACUAGAGUGGCUUAAAAUGACAAUAAACAGCUAAACUACAAAGGAUAUGGGAUGCAAAUGUUUUUUAUGCCUAUUCAAAACGGAUAUAUUUACUAAUUUCUGGGUACUAAAACAAAAAGGGUGAACCCCCUUUGUUUACAGUAAGAAGAUUUGGUUCAGGAAGCUGCUUCAAACCUAAAAACAUGGAUGCUUGACUUCUACCAAGAUGUGUUGGCCACAAUAGCUUGUGGCAAAGUCUUAACCUAAUUGUGUUGGAGCAUCUGGAGGUUUUCCACUCCCCUCCUCCUCUUCCUCCAUGUGGCAGUUGCUUUUGCACACUUUCGCUACAGUAUAUACUCCCCACUCCACAAGGUCAUAUUAUAAACAAGCAUCCUCUGUAAGAUCCGACCUUUGCACACAUGUGCAAACAAACACGCUCUGCUACACAUCCCCUCCUUGGGUAAUCCAGUCCUAAUCCUCCCACCCAAUCAAAUAGAGAGAGGAAGCGAGGAAUGAAAACAUGAGGAAAUAAGUCAACAGUUCAGAACCCAGUGAGAUUUGGUGCCACACUUCCCCAUGCAGCCUUCAAAUCCUGCUCUAACAAACUGGAGGCCUUCAGAGACCCAAAGCUCAACCCUGCUGUCUACUUCGGCUCACCCGGGUUUAUUGGAGUCAAGCCUGCCUCCCUGCCCACCUGAGGGAUCUGGCAUGCGCUCACAACAGUCAACCAGAGAGGAGUGAAGGCAGUGAGCCGAGACACGACCGUUUCUUUUUCUGGAGCUUUGACUGGCAGCCAUUUUAGGCUCGUUGUUGCGGUCAGUGCAGCUCUCUCUGGCACCGGCUUUGACAAGGACACUUGUGUCUUGACUCAACCCCGCUCCCUCCCUCCCUCUGUCCUCUUUCCACCCCUCCAACCCCAUUUACACACACACACACACUCAGCUGUUGUUCCCUGACUGUUUCAUUAGAUUUGACACCCCACACCCGCCAGCCAUUGUCAGAGCGAGGAAGGGCAGAAUGAGACUGUUUGUUGGCAUCGGGUUGGUUGUGUUUGUGUGUGAAUGUGAAUGUGGGUUAAAGUUAAGGGCAAAAUCUGCUCCCACUACCCGCCUCCUAUAGAUGUGGACGUUAAUUAAAUCAGGAGAUACAGUACAGCGUGUUCAAGUGCUGCUCAUAUUAACUUCAGCCAAUACAUCUGCUGCAGGCUUCUUUUAGCAGCAUGUUGUGACCCCUCCUUUAAUGAAAAACAACCAAUUUGGGCCUUCAAGUUCGAUUAUGGCAACAGGAACCACGUUCAUUUAAGCCUAAUUGUGCUUUAACGCAAUUUUUAAAAUGUGACCUAAUUUGAUUUUCACUAAGAAGGCGACUGUUCCCCUCGUUCAAUACCUCUGUCCAUUCACGAAGCUGUUCCUCCAAUCGUUUCACAUAGCGGAGCAACGUCCAAGCCAAUUAAUUUGCAUCUCAACUGGAGCUCUAAUUCUAUUUAUCCAAUCAAACCUCUCGGCUUGAUUCCCGAGCUCUACAUACCUGACUAACGGACACAUGAUGCUUGUGACAUCUCUGUGGACAAUAUAUGACAGUUGACACUGAUUGACUCCGGAUAUGUAAACAAGAUUAAACAGGAUUUUUAGUGCAAACUGUGGAUGGGACCUUCAUCUGGGACUUUAACUCUGCUUUACAGAAUAUUUCAGAUGGGCUUUAGACCAGCUCUGUUUUGAAGACUCUUGGGUUUGUGUGAACAAUGUGAUAAAAGACUUAAUGGAUAAGUCUGGUGUUAGUCCAUACUUUUCUUAUUGUCAACAUGCAUCAGACCUUUUUUUAGUUCUUUUAGACUUCCCUACCCUGUAUGUGUUUAAGCCCAUUUUUUCUUACUAAAGACAUAAAUCUUUGAAAACAUAUCAUGAAUGUAUAUAUUUUUUAAGGCGUCCUUUCCUAAAACAAAGCACUGUUGUUUUUCAGCUAACGUUACUCAAACAGGAGUAAAAAGUGCAUUUUUUGGGGACUAUUUUCAGCUGCGGACGAAAACACAUUUGGUGCAAUGAGUAUUUACAGCAGCAGGAUGGUGUAUGUGGGAUUGACUAAAAAAAAAAUACAGUGCCCAUGUUCAUCAUAGUGAAGGAAAAUGUCAUCCAGUGCAAUAAUGUGGCUCAUUGAUGUGUUCUUGAUACAAAAAUGGAGCUCAUAACUAGAAGAAUUAGAUAUAUCAGGUGUUGAACUCACUGUUAGUCGUGUUCUUUUAAUGCGAUCUGUUGACAAUAAGAAAUAUAUAGCAUAUCACAAGAUUUUUCCUUUAAGUUGCCACAGCUCUAUGAGUUGUGUUAAGUUAUUUCAGUAUGCUGCUGGUGCUGCUGGAGGUUGGUGUGAGAUGUAUUUCAAUGGCACACCAUCAACUAAAGAUGUAAAUAUGUGGGUGUGAACAAAAAGCUGUUAAGAAUGGAAAAAUGAACAAAAGAAACUGUCUUUCUGUGUAAUAGCAUGCAUGCCAGCCAGGUAGUUUAGAAAUGUUUCUUUCUUUUAUUUUUUACCUCUGCUUUGGUUUGAUUUUUAUAAUGUGAUGUUUUACAUGAAAGAUGAUUGCUUUGGUAAUUUAAAACUGGAUCUCAUUGGAGUGUUCCUUUACUUUAGGAAACCUGACGCCAACAGUGUUAAAGUCUCUUUAGACUGCAGGUUAACUAUCAUCAUUACAGUGGUCUGUUCAUGUUAAGAAACAAUAGAAGAAAUAAAUAAUCAAUUCAUUUUCUCAA